AUGCCCUUCGACGAAUAUCUCGCUGUCCUCAAGGCCUCGUACGACUACGUCCCCCAAACAGACGAGGAUGAAAUAGCUAUCAAGGAGAAUCAGAUCCUCUUUCUCGUUGAGAAGGUCGACGACGACUGGUGGAAAGUAAAGAUCAAAGGCAGCACCCAGGAUGAAGACAGCCCUGUAGGCCUUGUACCUGCUGCAUACGUUGAGCCAGCCGACCACAUAUCGACCGUCAAGGCGCUCUACGACUACGAUGCGGCAGCUAAUGGCGAACUAUCAAUGAAAGAAGAUGAUAUAUUAGAUGUCUACGCAUCCGAGGAAGAGUGGCUACUGGUGCAGAGCAAAAGUAGUGGCGGAAAAGCCGGAUACGUCCCAGGGAAUUAUGUAGAGACCAUCAGCGACGACGAGGGCUCCGCUUCCUCUGCGCCGGCGCCGCCCACCAACUCCCGGCCUAUAAGUACCUACGUUGAUCCUGCAGACCGUGUCGCAUCUGCAAAGGUCACGGCCGACGACAUAAAGACCUGGGCUGUAUCUGAGAUUGACAAGAAGGGCAAGAAGAAGAAGGGUACAUUGGGCAUAGGGAACGGGGCAGUGUUCUUCGCUAGCGAAGCCGACAAAACACCAGUACAGCAAUGGAAGACUUCGGAUAUCAAUACUGCUACGAUUGAGAAGUCUAAGCACAUCCAUGUCGACAUAGGUGGCCCCAACCCGAUCAAUCUUCAUUUCCACGUCGGUUCCAAGGACAAUGCUGAUGCCAUCCGUGCGAAACUCGAUUCUUCCAAACAACUUCAUAGCGGUGCUCGACCUACCUCUCCCGAGGCCGAGCCCGAGGCCGCUGAACCAGACGCUCAAGACGAUUCAGAGGCUUCGCGUCCUUCGGCACUACGCUCUGAGCCAAAGCCCAAGAAGAAUGGAGCUUCCGUGCACUUUUCUCCUGCGUCGCCUGCCAUCAUCCCGCCUCGGGAUUCAACUGACGACGAAGCGGAUGAAGAGGAAGAGCCCGUACCAUCGUAUGCUACAAAUGGGAAGCACGACGACCCAGCUCCCACCAGGACCACGAAUGGUGAUGAUUCGGCUACCGUUCUGUAUGAUUUCGAUGCAGAUGGAGAGGAUGAGCUAUCAGUGAAAGAGGGCGAACAGUUGGUCGUCUUGGAGAAAGAUGGAAAUGAUUGGUGGAAAUGUCGAAAUGCACAAGGCAAGGUCGGCGUGGUGCCUGCUUCAUAUCUUGAGUCCGAGUCUGGGCCCUCUACUGCUGCGGCCGAUGACACCGAGGAUGAUGAAGCAAAUCUUAGGGCAGAACAGGAAGCUAACGAGCGCGAAGAGGCACAACGACUGGAGAAGGAGAGACUGCAGAAAGAGAAGGACAGGAAAGAGAGGGUGGAGAAGGAGAAGGCUGAGCGGGAAAGAGCUGAACGCGAUCGAAAGAAAGCAGAAGCUCAGCAACAAGCGAAGGCAGCAGCCGACGCGGCGGAGAAAGAACGAAGAAAGCGCAAGGAGGCUGCAGCGGCCCGCGCUGCCUCCCCUCCGUCAGAACCUCGGUCCUCCCGAUCAGAGAGUACACGCGAUUCGCCGCCCUCGACGCCAAAUAGGUCUUCCUCUGAAAGGACAACGUUCCCUCCUGCCGACAAAACUCGUGUGUGGCAUGAUCGUACUGGCCAGUUCCGCGUCGAUGCAGCUUUCCUUGGUUUCAGCAACGGCAAGCUACGGUUGCACAAGAUCAACGGUGUUAUUGUCGAAGUCCCCGCCGAGAAGAUGUCUCCGGAUGACCUGCGCUACGUCGAGAAAACGAUGAAACGAUCUAAAUCCACUGGCGCUCGAAUAUCUGAGGAUGAUAUUCCUCUUGCCAUGCAACGCCCCAACGGCUCAUCUUCAAGUUCGCGCCCGGUGCCUCCUCAAGGCCCGAAGAAGCCUAGAAUAGAUUGGUUUGAUUUCUUCCUGGCCGCAGGAUGUGACGUCGACGACUGCACGCGUUAUGCCGCCGCUUUUGACAAGGACAAGAUCGACGAAGCCAUCUUGCCGGACAUUACGGAAGGGACGAUGCGCUCGCUGGGUCUGCGCGAGGGCGACAUUAUCCGCGUGAAGAAAGCCAUAGAGAAACGGGUUCCAAGCAAGACAAUUGGUACGCCUCUUGAUCAAGUGCGCAGCGACGAAGAAUUGGCCCGGCGUCUUCAAGCUGAGGAAAGCUCGGGGACGUCCAAGUCUCCCCCUAAUCUGUUCUCAGCAGGCCCUGGUGGUGCUCUGAAGGCAACGCGUCGCGGUAGACCACAAGCAAGCAAAACGUUGCCGCAGACCGUUGAUCUGAAUACUAUCGCAACUGUCUCAGAUCAGAUACAGCGCACGAGUUCUCCCCAGAUGUUAAGCCCUGCUUCGCUGACGCCGUCGAGCAUCCAGCCACCGCCCAGGUCUAGUUCAGCUCUUGCUACCAAGUCGAGCGGCUUUGACGAUGACGCGUGGACCAACCGACCUAGUUCUACCAAGCCUGUUGCGCCAACUUCUCCCAUCGCCGCGCCCGCACGAGCGCCAUCCGCGCCGCCUCCACAAGCAGCAGCUCCUGCCCCGCCAGCUGCCCCUCCGGCGCCCGUCCCUCCAGCACCAGCGGUGGCACCAGCAUCGACGUCCAGCGAAAGUCCAGCGAAUUUGGCCAAGACAACCGAGGCCGACAUCUUUGAUCAACUUGCACGGUUGAGUGAGCUACGAAAACAAUCUCAGCCCGUCGCUUCGCCGCCUCCCCCACCGCCUCCAGCACCUCUCGCGCCGCAGCACACCAUGGUGCGUCCGGGGCCGUCGCCAUCGCCCCUUGCGUUCUCGUCUCAGCUUGGACAGCUCCCCCAGGCCGGACAACCUUCUUUCCUGGGACAGCCUCAGCAGGGACAGUCUUCGCCACUAGGACUCCCUUCACUAAACCCAGUCUUCCAGCAACAGACCGGUUUCUUGCAAGCAACACCUUCUCCAGGACCCAGAGGACCCCUUGCGCCCGUUCCCGCCAACCAAAGCCUGCUACAACCACUCAUUCCUACGCAAACUGGGUUCGGGGGCUUUGUUCCUGCUCGCCCCAACAACAAUCCAUCACCUUUCCAACCCCAGCAACAGCCACAGCAGCCGUCAUUCCUGAAUUCACAACCCACUUCGUUUGGUAAUCCUCAACAACCUUCGUUCCUCAAUACUCAACCUACUGGUUUCCAAGUAAACGCACAACCGCCUUCGUUUGUCAACACACAGCCUACCGGCUUCCAAGUCAACACACAGCAACCUUCGUUCUCAAAUCCUCAGCCACCUUCUUUCGUCAAUACUCAAGCUACUGGUUUCCCGGGAAUGGGGUCGAUCCGCCCUCAAGCUACUGGGAUAGCAGGCUUUGGGCAGCAAAUGCAAGGCAGCCCUUUCCAGAACAACAGUUUCGGACAGCUUCAACCGAAUCCAACUGGAUUCAACCCUGGGUUUGGCCAGAUACAGCAGUCUCCUCCGCCCUUACCCAACUCAAACGCCAAUAACAAUACAUCACCAGCUAAUAUCUUUGCUCAAAUGAAAUCUGGGACUUUCGCUACGGAAAAUGACUCCAACGCGCAGAAUGCUGAUCGAUACAAUGCUUUGCGCACAAAUCCUAUCGCUGUACAACCCACCGGGUGGGGUGGAUUACAGGGGAAUUAUACUGGUUUCCGCCAAUAA